AUGACCGCUCAAGACAACAUCCCUACCCGCGCCAAGUGCGAGCCUGAGGACACUCAUGAUGCUUCCCUUGCGGACGGAGGUGAGGGUAAUACCUCAAUUGCCGAGGACAAUAAUAUAGAGCGGCAAGAGAACUCGCGUAUCCUUCAAGAUGCGACUACAUCCCGUGAAGAAGUCCCGGGGAUGCUCCACCACGAAUUCCCAGCGAUGCUCCCCCAGGAAGCCCGGGAACCGCGUGUCGAUGACCCAGUCAUGCGUUACCGGUUCAUUCCAUUUCCUUCUCAAAGGAGCAACAUGUCGUCACAGAAUUCGCAGGAUUACUUCCCCCAGGGACACUUCCACGAUCCCGACCCCUUGGAAAAUACAUUUGACAACAGCUUGCCGACUGGCCCUCCCACGCAGCCAGCCGAGCGUCCAACCCCGCGGAAUAAUACCACCGUCGCCUCUUCCUGGCCCGCGCCUGCGAUUGCUCCCGCCGCGGCCCCCACCGCCGCCCGGACAUCUAUGCGGAACUCGUACCACAGGCGUGGAGGCGAGGGCUCACGGUUUCCGCCGCCACCCACUUGCUUGGCUUAUUCGAGCUCAGCCCGUGUUUUGUCUCGCAAUCAUCCCUACUUUCGACCCACGCCACCAAUGUUCAACCAUCACCAGCCAUCAGCAGCAGGCACCGGUGCUGCCGUGUCCACCAGCACGGAUCAUGCAAUGCAGGGUGGCCAAGCAAGCCUCUUCAAUGCGCGGAGAGACUUCAUCUCCACCCUUAUAAGGGAGCGGGAUGACCUGCGCAAGACCUAUGAAGCCAACCGUGUGAGCCGUCCUCGCAAGAAAGGAGGCAUUGGAGCAUCAAGAGACCGCAGCCGCCUGGUGGAUUCACGCUUCCGCAGACUCUUCGCGCAAAUGGAUGCAUGCUUUGGUGACCUGGUGCGGGCGAACCGAGCAAACCGCGGCUGCAGACCAUGCCAAGAUACCGAGACCCAAAACAUAGCCUUGAGAGAAGCCCAGCGCUACUUGCAUCAAUGUAUCGCUGAACGCAGAGCAGCCGAGGUAGGAGCUCAGCAGCAGGGCGAGGAGGACGCAGAUGAGGGCCCGCAUCCGGCUUCCACCACCGGAGAUGAGGCAGACCAGGAGCAGUUUUCCGAGGAAGAGUAG